CGAGGCAGGUCCGAGCUGACGACCCCACGAGUCCAGCACCCUGGCGCCUCACGAUGCCUGCAUGGACGCGCGGCCCGACCACGACACCGACUCGGGGGAUGAAUCCGUGCCCUCCGACCCUCGCCAGUGGUCGUGCGGCGACGUGCGGCGUGUGGUGCGCUGGGUGUCGCGCACGUUCCGCGUGCGCGCGCCGCGGAGACACCUGCUACCCGGCGCCGGCGCCGCGCUGCUGCAGCUGACGGAGGACCACUGGCUCGAGGUAUGCGAGGGCGACGCGCAGGCGGCGCGCAUCUUCCACGCGUACGUGCGGCACGCGCACGCGCAAGUGUCGGGUGCGCCGCCGCCGCCGCCGCUGCCCGAGCACCAGCAGCCGCCGCCCGCGACGCCCGAGUCCGCCGCCACCACGCCGCAACAGCAAUACCCGUACCUGGGUGUGAGCGGGUGUACGCGGGGCGCGGCGGGCGGCGCGGGGGGGCAGGUGCAGCUGUGGCAGUUCCUGCUGGAGGAGCUGGCGAACGGCGCGCCCGGCAUCUGCUGGGAGGGCCCGCCGGAGGAGGGUGAGUUCCGCCUGUCGGACCCGGACGAGGUGGCCCGCCGCUGGGGCCGCCGCAAGCAGAAGCCCAACAUGAACUACGACAAGCUGUCGCGCGCGCUGCGGUACUACUACGACAAGAGCAUCAUGAGUAAGGUGCAUGGCAAGAGAUACGCGUAUAGGUUCAGCUGGGCGGGGCUGGCGGCGGCCUGCCAGGCGCACUCCGAGCCCGCCUACCCGCACCCGCCGCCCCCGCCGUCACUGCCGCCCCCGCCGCUGCCGCCCCCGCCGUCACUGCCGCCCCCGCCGCCGCCGCCCCCGCGGCCGCAGUAG